UAUUUUUGAUUACUCGAAAGCUCUCUUUCGUCAAAAUCCAUGGCGUCUCUGUCUCCGCCGGAAGAGGCUGCCGCUUCUUAUCUCCACCGUCACACUAAAAGAUAUUCCUCCUCCAACGGCGUCGAAUCUGUUUCCGAUUUCUCCAAACGCCCCAAAAUCUCCCCUCCACAACAAUCGUCGAAUUUCAUUUCUCCCUCUGAGAUCGAAUCAGAGUUUUCUCAUCACGAUCCGGACUUCGCGCGUGUUAACAACGGCAGCUUCGGUUGCUGUCCUUCCUCAAUCCUCGCUCUCCAGCGAGAUUGGCAGCUCCGAUUCCUCCGCCAGCCGGAUCGAUUCUAUUUCGACGAACUCAAGCCCAAAAUCUCCGAAUCCAGAGCCGUAAUCAAGCGACUCAUCAACGCCGAACACGAAGACGAGGUCUCAAUCGUCGAUAACGCAACCACAGCAGCCGCGAUUGUUCUCCAGCAAACCGCCUGGGCCUUCCGCGAAGGACGGUUCGAGAAAGGCGACGCGGUGGUUAUGCUUCACUACGCGUAUGGCUCCGUUAAGAAAUCAGUCGAAGCGUACGUCACACGCUCCGGAGGUCAGGUCAUCGAGGUACUGUUACCAUUCCCGGUUAUCUCGGCUGACGAAAUCGUCGGCCGGUUUAGGAAAGCUUUAGAGUCAGGGAAGGCGAAUGGUAGGAGGGUUAGGUUAGCUUUGAUCGAUCACGUGACUUCUAUGCCGAGCGUUGUGAUUCCAAUCAAAGAGCUUGUGAAAAUAUGCAGAGAAGAAGGUGUUGACCAGGUGUUUGUUGAUGCUGCUCAUGGGAUUGGCUGUGUUGAUGUUGACAUGAAGGAGAUUGGUGCUGAUUUCUACACGAGCAAUCUUCACAAGUGGUUUUUCGCGCCGCCUUCUGUUGCUUUCUUGUAUUGUAGGAAAUCGAAGAAUGGUUGUGCUGCUGAUUUGCAUCAUCCCGUUGUGUCGAAUGAGUAUGGGAAUGGUUUGGCCAUUGAGAGCUCUUGGGUUGGGACUAGAGAUUAUAGUGCUCAGUUGGUUGUGCCUUCGAUCUUGGAGUUUGUGAACCGGUUUGAAGGUGGGAUUGAUGGGAUCAAGAAGAGGAAUCAUGAGUCUGUGGUUGAGAUGGGUCAAAUGCUGGUUAAGUCAUGGGGGACUCAGCUUGGUUGUCCUCCUGAGAUGUGCGCGAGUAUGGUCAUGGUUGGAUUGCCUGUGUGCUUAGGAGUGUCGAGUGAUUCAGAUGCUUUGAAGCUUAGAACCCUUUUGAGAGAAAGGUUCAGAGUUGAGACUCCGAUCUACUUUAGACCACCUGGGGAAGGAGAGAUUGAUGCGAUCGCUGGAUAUGUGCGCAUUUCGUUUCAAGUUUACAAUAAACCUGAGGAUUAUCAUAGGCUCAGGGACGCAGUUAAUGAACUUGUGAGAGAAGGAUUCAGAUGCACGUCUCUAUCUGGUUGAUUAAGGGCAACAAGCUUUUUGGGCGAAUGAAUCAUCCUGAAAGUUAUCAUGGUUUAGGUACCAUGAAGCUUUCAUGAGAUUGGAAGAAGUGAAGUUGUCUCUGUCUCUCUCUCACUUUCUGUCUCUCCUCAGCUAUAAACUUCUUAUACGGUAAUGAUGUAUGAGAAGAACUAAGCUUUGUUCUAUUUCCUUUGCUCGAAUAGCCUGUUCAAAUCUCCCUUUUACAUGUCUCCUAAAACGUUACAAGGUCGGUAAUAAAGUAACAGUGGCACUAUUCACUGUUGUUGGUUCGUGGAUGGAUGUCACGAUGGUCUUCAUAAAUUCCUAAUUUGUUACGUUUAUAAGUGAAUCGAAUAAAACAAUCAUUUUGGUUGA